GCGGCGUUUGGCAACUUUCAGUCGAUAGCAAAAGAUGAAAGAGUGCUCAUCGCGCAGCAAUUGGUGUCUGCUCAGUGUUGUAAUCGAUCAGCGUCUUAGAAUUGACACCUGUCGAUAUCUAAUUGAGAUUUUAUCGCGCCGCAUUACAGGCGACUAAGUCGCUUUUAAGUCGUUGGUUCGACCUGUUCCCACAUCUAUGGAGUUUCAUCUAGACAGUGCAGAAUACUGCCAGGCACAGCACAAAUAAAAAGUAAUCAAACCUCGAAAAAGGCCGUGGAUAGCCUAUGAAAACGCUGUCACCUUUUCGGAAGUCGAUGUAAGAUAUCAGACCAAAGCGUGGACAGCGAAGAUAGUGUCAGAGGAGGUCAUUAAGCCCGAGCUUGGGGAUAACGAAUAGAGCUAAAAGAUAGACACAAGAAAAAGGUCUGAAGUGAACGCGGUUCAUAUCACAAAUAGAAUAAUCCAAGUGUGAAAGAGACGCAACGAAUAAACAAAUAGUAAUUCGAAAG